AUGGCCGCCUUUACACCCAUCUCGCUCGACACCGCCGAGAGCAUUGCCCGCUACUCACCUACCCCCAACGACACGGCCCUCCAGAUUGAAAAGGUCCAGGUCGAGCACCGUCUCCAGCUCAUCAACGCCUGGCGCAUCCCGCCCGGCUCCACGAUUCUCGAGAUUGGCUGCGGCCAGGGCACCUGCACCACCGUCCUGGCCACCGCCGCGGGCCCCAACGGCCAUGUCGAUGCCGUCGACCCCGGCCCCCCGGACUAUGGCUCGCCGUACACGCUGGCCCAGGCCCAGGCCAUCAUCAGCGCCGGCACCCUCGGCGACCGCAUCACCUGGCACAAUGCCGAGCCCACAGACGUCCUGGCCACGUCGGGCGACAAGGUCUGGGACUAUGCCGUCUUCUCGCACUGCAUCUGGUACUUUGACAACCGCGACGUGCUGUCCACGAUCCUCCGCGCCAUGCAGGGCCGCGUCGGCGCCGUGCUGGUCGCCGAGUACGCCCUCACGGCCACCGAGCGCGAUGCGCAGCCCCAUCUCCUCUCCGCCAUUGCUAGAGCCGCGCUCGAGGCGCACAACCCUUCCAGCACGGCCAAUAUUCGUUGUCUGCUGAGCCCGGCUGGUAUCAAGGAGAUUGCCGAAGCGUCUGGAUUGAAAGUCGGCGACGAGUCCAUUAUUGUUCCCGCCGCGGGCUUGCUAGAUGGUGUGUGGGAGUCGGGCGAGGUUCGCAGCAAGAGCUUUGUGGACGAGGUCGGCAAGCGCAUUACUUCGCCCCGCGUCAAGGAGAUGCUUCUGUCGUCCCGCGAGGCUGUCAUUGCUUCGCAUGCUGCCAUGAAUGGCCGCAAAACACGCACAAUGGACGUCUGGGUGGCGUCUUUCACCCCAGUCGAAUAA